UUAAGGUCAAACAUAACCCAUAGGCUCAGAUCACAUGAGCACUGUGUGUGAUGUUUACAUUUACCGCCCGCCACCUGUAAACAAUAGAUAAAUGAGGGGUGUGAACGAUGGAUGACAACAAAAACACGAACACCAGGCUUUCCAAUCGACAGAUCCAGGUUGCAAGACGGAAUGUCGUUUCUGUUUGCAGAUUCUGUGUCAAGAGCCUUAUAGACAAGGCCUGUUUCAGCAAUAUUGACGAUGAAUGCGAGGAAUUCAUCAACUUCUGUGCAGUUCUGGAACAAGUGCUUCUACACAGGAUCAGGCCUUACAGAACCACCUGGUACCGAGGUGGGGACAAUCGCUCCUUUUGGGAAUAUGUUCGUGCAGCUUGUCGACAUGUGCCCCAGAGCUGCAUAGCAAGCAUAGACGCCAUAGAGAAUAUAAAGUCACCGUCUGCCAAGGGCCGAGCUUUCAUUCGAUGUGCACUGAUGGAGAAGAAGUUGUCCGAGUAUUUAGGUGCUGCAAUCAAGCAACAGAACAUCACAAGGAAGCACUACCUAGAUGGAGCCAUAAUGCUGUCUGAAGAUGCCAAUAUGCUGUGUGGAGUGUUCCUAGGACUCAAUACCAUUGACUUCAGCUUCUGUCUGAAGGGAGAGAACAUGGACUUGUUAGGACCCCUGGUAAUAGACUUCACACCGUUUCUACAGUUCCACCAGAGUGUGGAGAGUGUUUCUAGUGACCUGGAAGAAAUGAGGGAGCUGUCCAACUCCAGCAUCAGCAGCAGCAUUAUGAGCGAGGACGUUGUGGACGACGCCAGCUGGCGGAACAAAUACAAGAACCUGGAACACAAGUUCAAGAGCGCCUGUGAACAGAAGGGCUACCUGGAGGAACUGGUACGUCUCCGAGAGCGUCAGGUGGAGGAGAUCUCUGCUGACAACCAGAGGAUGGAGAUGCGUCUGCAGUAUGUGGAGGCAGAGGGUCAGCGUGACCGACUGAUGCUGGAGAAUGUCGUGCUGGAGCUCCAGGAACAGCUUGCAACGGUGAAGUCUGAGCGGCAGACGUUGCAGCAGAGACUGUCCCUGCUGCUGGCCAUGAGGCAGCCACCAGGCCCGAGGCAGGUGCGGGAGAUCCAGAUGGCAGACAUGGCCAGUGAGGGGAUACAUUCUGCUCACUCCACCGGGGAACUUGAUUUAAUCUCCUCAACCCGUCACCUUCAGAAUGUCCAGCAACAGGACAACAAGAGUCUUCUUUCAGGAUCAUCCGGUCAGUUUACAGCAAAGGAGGACAACCACAGCAUGAUCCCACUGACCGGGUCACUCACAGAUGUCCAGGUUCGACCAAUGGACACUCCAGUUCAUCAGAGUGGGAAAACCGAGCAUACAGAAAUGACUGAAUUGCACAGUCCCAGUCAUCAAGAUGCUGAUCCUUCCCGAGAAGCUCCUGGCCAGCAGAGACAUGAAUCCACUGACAUUGAGAGUUCCACGGAAGUGGAGGCAGACUACAGGGAGAGGGCACCUGCUCUAGCUUUCCCCAGCUUCAGUUGCGUGGAUCUGGAUGGUUCCUUAGAUACUUGUGAGGAUGAAGAAGCUGGUGAUUUGUCUGCUUUAGCUGCAGAGGACAUGCCAGGUGAUCCGUUAGGUAUUGAGAAGGGCAGAGUGAAGCCAACUCAGGCAGUUGAUACAGCAGACAAUCAAGAAACUGAAUCUGAGGGGGACAAACUUGAAAGCAAAGAGGAUGAUGAUUGUGUUUCUGAUGUCAAUAAUUCAAAUGGCGAUUUAGUUGAGAGUAAUGAAAAGACUGAUAGUGGUAAUAGCGAUUAUGAUAUUGUAAACCCAGAUAAUGAAAAGUCUUCCUCCAAUGAGUCAAGCAUUGAACUGGCAGAGGCUCUGGAUUCGGGGAAAAGUGAUAUGGCUUUGGGUGAAUCCACAGAAGAUGAAUAUCUGAGGAUUGGUAGUGAUGAAGGACAGAGUGAUUCCCAAACAGACAUUCCACAUGAGAAAGAAGAAAACUCAGAUGAAGAGGCUGAUGAUUCCAAGAAACAAGCAUCAGAUAGAAAAGAGACCGAUGCAUCAGACCCUGCUGAAAAUGUUUCAUCUGGUCCUGAGAAUCAGUUGGAUGAGGAAAAGAUGCAAAUUGAGCCAGUUGAGCAGACGGGCAAAGAUGCACCAUUGUCUCCUGGGGGAGAUUCAGGCUCAUCUGAAGGUGAUAAAGAAUGGGACUUUGUCUCCGACUCCCAAGGAAAUGGACAGACAGUGAGUGCCAAGGAAAAAGCUUGUGAUGAUCAGAAAGAUGAAGAAGCAUCUUAACUCGGACAUGACAAGUGUGAACUAGAUGUAGUGUAUGAUUAGUAGUGUAUGAUUAGUUUUAGAAGAAGAUUGCAAUCGGCAUGAUGACAUGACAAAGUGACCAAAUAUUUAUGGUAAUCGUCUUCAGUUCCCUUGUCAGACCAACUUUGUAUUGAAGAAAAACAGGCUUUACUUUUACUGUGAUGUAUUUGGUUUUGACAAAAUUACCGUAAAAGUAAUGUAUUCUUGUGACACAUUAUGUGAGCCAUAUCACAUAAAAUUUUAGUGACUCAAACCAAUCUCAGUGCUGCAGCCAGACUGCGUAAUUGCAUGAUUCCCGCUAAUUGUACUUACCUUGGCAAUUUAUUUUUAAAUGUAUGCACCAACAAUGGCACAAAUUUAUAUUUUAAAACACGUUUUUAUGUAUCGGGCUUGUACUUAAUUUCAAAAUACGACUAUUUUCAUUGAAAGUAAUGUCAAACAUUCGGAAAUCAAAAUCAAAAUAUUUAAACGUCCGCAUUUCAAAACUGGGCUUCCUAAGCUCUGCACAUUGCUAGUACGUCUAUUUGCAUACAAAACUGUAAUAUAAAUUGCUGUAAAGAGCUUGUUUCGCUGUAGGGAUCACAACUUGAUGUAAAGAGUUUAUCAUCAAAUCUUGUUGGCUGUCAAAAUGUCAAAGAGAAGGAUUACACUUUUCGUUAUUGGCCCACAUUUUCUGAAGGAAAUCAUUGGUGCAGCACUGAAAUCUUUUGCUAAUAUCUUGGAUACAGAUGGUUUCACAUGGUUUUGAUUCUGGCUUAAACUUUGUCCUCAAGAACCACUGGUGUUUAGCAAAAACAUCUAAAUCAUUAUCAACUUGUAAUAGUGGCUGACUUGGUUGAUAGUGUCUGAUGUACGCCAAAGACAUAGAUAGACGUAAACAAAAAUAAAGGGCUAGAUUAUCUCUUCCAAACUCUAUUAUUUAAAGGUCACUGUCCUUUGUCUUGAGUGUUUUGACUACUGAAACAAUAUGUAUACUAAAUCUGAGACAUGGAGAUAAAAUACUUUAAAAAUUACCCUUUAACUUUGAUUUGCGUACAAGUGUGCAUGAAUUUAUAAAACCCCAUAAAUAUAACACUGUUUAGUUUACAGCUUAUGAUCACCUUUUCAUAUCUCUAUUUACACAUAAAGUACAGGCAUAUUUUAUUCAUAAACUGCAGAGAAUAAUGUACUAAGCAGUAGGGCUGGGAUGGGUAACCCAGAUACCCGGGAGGGGUGGGUAAUGAGUUGGACCCGGGUACCCGUCUCAAUACCCGGACCCACUAUGAUCAUGUGACUAAUAGAUUAAACAAUGUAAUAUAUUAUUCUUUCAUGAUUAAAAGGUUGUAUUGUCUUUGAAGAUUUAGACAUAAUUACAGUCACUUUGCUUGAAUAUUAUACAUGGCUAAGAUAUUGAAAAACUCGAAAUUUUAGCCUCCGAGCUGAAAAAAAUAUAUUGCAAUUUCUUACACAUUUGAUGUCAGGAAUUAACAUAUCGGGUAUCCAGUUAGGGUAAUAGGGGGUGGGGUUACCGGGUAGAAAAUUUGGACCCGUCCCAGCCCUAUUAGGCAGUGAUGUCUCACUAUGUGUAUUGCUCUUGUAAGCUUAUGUAACAAACAUGUAGCAUCAUGAAUUGAAGAAAAUUUAGAGGUUGCCUGCAACAGCCAUUCAAGCAGAAUUAUUGUAAAAGUAUCUCAUGGGUAUAAGAAAUACCAAAGACUUGGCCAAGGGGAGUAAUAAAUAUAAAAAAUACAUAUCAAAUAUUCAAUAUGAAUGCCAACCUGAGGAAAUACUCCAUGGGAGUAGAUAUCUUGAACCCCAGUACCCAUAUGUCAACUUAAAGUUGAGACUUGAAUUGAUGACAUACUUUUAAUAUUAAAGGAUUAAAAUGAUGAAACAAGGCUGUUCAAAGAAACCUUUCUGGACAAUUUGUUGAAAAAUUUUGAAUCCCAAAUCUUUGCAUUAAGGGCUUCAGUUAAUUUUUCUUCAUGUUACUAAAGUAUUCUGUUUCACAGCACAGGAGCCAUUUGGCAGAAAAGUGUUUAAGUCAGGAGUUACCCCUCUUGUUUCAGUGGCAAAGUGAAGCUGUUCUAUUUUAGAAAGAGCACUUUCGUUUGUUCACACGACUGUACAUUUAUAUCUCGAUUAAGUACUGGCACAAGUUCUCUACAUAUCCUAAAACAAAGCCAAAUACAGAAGUUACAUUGCUUAUAUUUCAGAUUGCACUCCAUCCUUCACACUCAAAGCAGAUUGCACGAUUUCACAGUAACUGUGUCAUUUGUGCUGUCAAGUGUUUGUCGUUUAAGGCACGUCAUGCUUAAAUGUACAAGUUCCCUGAAUCAUGUUCUAUAACUUGUAUACUUUACUGUAUUUCAUCAGCAUAAUAAUAUACUUCACCUGACCAAAAUGGUCGCGCCUAUGGACGCAAGUUCCUGUGCUCUGUUACAUUAUGUAAGAUGUAGGCUUUACAUGCAGACACCAAAGAUUCUUGGAUGAGUGUAGAAAUCCAAACAUGCAAUUGCAGUCAAAUGGUUAACUCGUGCUUUCUUCUUUGUAACCGUAUAUAUCAUCAGUAUAUAAAUAUUAUAGUUAUGAAAGAUGAAACUGAUAUUUAACUUUUAGUAUUACAAGAAUGAGGUAAGGUCUAAGAGUGACAUGACAAUCUGAUCUAAUUGUUUCUCAUCCAGGUAAAAUUUUGGAAGUGAUAUGUUUUUAUGUUCACUGUAAUUGUUUUGAUCUGAAAACAAACCCAACAACAAUUUGGUCAGACGAAAUAGCUGGUCAGUGGCCCCAGAACCCCUUGAAUAUAUCUUGUUGAAACUCAUCACAGGUCAGUCUAGUAAGGACCUUGUGCCUUUUUGUGAUUAUGGAUUUUCUGGGUUUUUAUUUGUUUUCAUGAUGGCAAGAUGGAUUUUACUGAAAAUGAGGGUAGGAAAAUGUCUCUCGUUUCCAGAGAAUACCUCCAAAACCAUUGAAUAUUUCAUGAUGACACUUGCCAUGCAGUCAAGUCUAGUGCUACCUUUUGAUAAUUUCUUAUUCUGGAAAAUUUUGAUGGCAUUAUGUUUUUUUUCACAGAACGGGAGGUAUGUACAUGUAGUGGCAAUGGAGCAAAAGUGGAGUGUUAGUAGACGAACUGCGUUUAUGAAUUGCACCAGUCCGGGUGAUAUGUCAUUUAAUUAUAUUAAAAUAUAAUGGCAACCAUCAGAAAAUGUUGAAUAAACAUGUCAGCAAUCUGAAAGGAAAACAAUACUUACAAAAUAGUCAUUUGUUAAUAGGAAGUGGGGUUACCUCUUUGUUAAAGCUAGAUUGUUAAACGGAGACCAGGCACGAUCAGCCACAGGCGUAUUAUGUGUAAACCCUGUAGCUGAUGUCGUGAACGUUGUUACAAGUGGCACCAAACCAGUCACCCACUUGUUAUUCAUAACAUUCAUAAUGGCUGAUUCUUGUGUAGUCACUGAUUUAAUGUUGUAGUGUCGACAUGUAUAUAACUGUUAAACGUGACGCUAAAUGUAUUGUAUAUAUUGGAAUAUGCAUUUGUUUGAUCACCGGUAUUAUGAAGCUCGGUGUACAAUCAGUUUAAUCAUUGUCAGCUUUGACACUGAACGUUUGUUUCCGGCGCUGUUAAGCCUGUCCUUUUGUCCUGUGAUAUAAGUUUACUGAAGGGUAAAACCAUACCGUACUUCCUCUAUUAGAAGCUGAGGCGUCAAUCAGCUUCUGCGCAAGCACUUGACCUGCUGUCCUGGCAAACUAUUAUCGAAACGUUCGCAGCCCUACGAACUUCUUAAGCCCUUUUCGUAACACAUUGGCUACGAACAAAGUUAAGAAUUCUUAGGGCUUCGAACGUUUCGAGAAUAAGGGCCCUGGAAGAACAGAACAGAAUUUUAUUCUCAAAAACAUUUGAAGAGGCACAAACUGUGUUUUAUAUAUUUGGAUGAUUUGAGGAUGAGUGGUUGAUAAUAACAUUUCAUGAGAAAAAUAAAUUUACAGAUUGAGGGAUUCACAGAAAUAUUUGAGUAAAAAGGCUUUUCGUUGUUCAACAAGAGAUGGACAUAAGUAAAAAAUGGAAUUCGUCGCAUACAGCUUGAUUUCAAUGUCCAUGUCUGUUCUGUUUUUCCCGACACGGGACAGCUAACCGAUUCCCGAAAACAGUCACACAAAGGGUACGCUUGCGAUAAACGAUCAUAUUUAAUUACCCGGGUUCUAAUAGACGCAUGUCUUCUAUUUAGUGGACAGCUUAUGGCUCAGUACCUGAAGGAGGAAAUGUGGCGGUGACUUUUUGUUGUACAUUUAUACAUGUAAACAUUCCUGGUCAGAUAUGCUUUCCUGGUAAUAUCACGUAUUUGUGCUCAUUUGUUUCGUUCUUGAAAACUCAUAUUCUUUUAUGUGUAUCCACAUUUUCAUCAACAUUUUAUUUUAACGAUUGGAACAUAAUAAACUAUUUUCAACUAA